AUGGCAACCGAAAUUGGACACGAGGUUGCCGUUGCACAGGUUGUGCAGCGUGAUAUGGAUAUACCGGCGACUGAAAUCGCCCAGCUUCGACAGAAGAUGACAUUCCUGUUUGCUCAAUUUCAAAAAGCUAUGAAGGGUUUCCCUCAGUGGUACAAUUUCCAUGGCGACGAACAGCGUGCGCGUUUGUUCAUCCGCUACCGAAAGUUGAUAAUGCACCAGUUUGAAGACGGCAAUAAUGCAAGCCGAUUGAAGCAGCAACUGUCGGUAAGAGUAAAAGAUGUCGACAAAGCACAAGCUUUUGUCGGAAGAAUGAUCCGUGAAGUAAAUGCGCUUCUCGACGACGCUGCGCCGCCAAUGCACAACAAGACUUGA